GCGGGAAUGUUCAAAAAUGAGUACCAGGGUGGUGCAUUUGUUGAAAUCUUUAGUGCUCAGGGGAAAAAUCCUGGAGCCAAAUGGAAGAUCCUUGGCAGUCCGUCUGUAAUUUGGAAAGAGUUUGAUAAAGAAGUUAAAAGUUUUGUGUUUGUCCUGGAAGGCAGCAGCCAAACAAACAAAAUUCAGUUACCAAAGGAGACUAAACAAAUCCUUGGACUGAUCCAGAGGUUUCUUGUACUUCAGAUUUACAUACCCCUGGGACAAGACUUCUCCACCGAAUUGCUAAUUACUGAUUUAGGGAAUAUCAAAAGAAGAUUGUAUUUAUCAACGGUCCAUAAGGAACUGUCCUCAACUCCUCUUCAUGCAAAAAUCCCACUCUUCAUGAUCAAGCGCAAAAUUUGGUGUAAUCUGUGCAUUGACUUAGUGGCAUUUACCAGUGAAAUAUUCAAGGGAGCAGUUUUCCAGUCCUUGGAUGGAAUUAUUGUCUCAGCUAACUGUAAGCUACGAAAGAUUUUCACUUUGAAAUCAAAGCCUCAAGACACUGCUGAUAAAGAUGCUGGAUAUGGUGUUCCCUUUCCAACAGAUGAACCUACAGAUAUUAUUCCACGAAGCUGCCAACUAACAACAGAUGUUCCUCAAGUCACACAGCUGCUAAACAUGACUAAACUCCGCCAAACUGAGAUAAAAUUUGGAGGUCAUCCUCUCCGUUCAGCAGAAUCAGAUCAGUUCAUUAACAGAGGAACAGGGAGUGUGCGAAAUAGUAAAAACCAAGAUGUUUGUCAUAUCGCCUUUGGAUCCAAAGUUCUUGGACCACCUCCACUCUCUGGCAGAAGGAAUAACAUGAGGACAUCCAGUGAGACAGUAAAAUCCACAGGGUCUAAAAAUAGCCGAUCGUGCCAGCAGUCUAUGGUAGAGAAGAGUGUUAAUAGUACAGAAAUGUCUGCCUUGUUGAUAUCUGAGUCUGAAGAGCAAGGAGAUAAAGAAAAUAUUCGCCAAACAAAACAGGCUGUACCUACUCAUGCCAAUCUGCAUAUUAUGCAUCCGCAUCCCCCUCAAGAACCAUCAACAGAUAAGAAUAAUAGCAAGAGAAGAUUACGGUUAAAAAGCACCAGCAGAGAAAGGACAGAGACACCCAGCGGCAGAUCUUCAAGAAAUAACAGGAAUGAAGAUGAAGAAACAACUACCCCCACCACUGUGUCCCAGCAACAAGAAGAAGCAUCUCAGCCCAGCACUGUGGAACCCCAGUCUCCUGACCAAGCAGAUGAAUGGAUAUUUCCUGAGAAGGGUGAACAUUUGGCAUCCAGUAGACACUCUCUGCUCCUGGAUGAGGAUUCCAGCUACACUGCACACCUGUUGCAAGAAACCAGCAAGGAAAAUGAGCUUGACCAACAGGCAGAGGAAACCCAGAUUGUGCCAAUAGACAUUUUCACUUUUUCAUCAAGACCACGAUCAGCUCCCCAUGGAAAGACUCAGAGCAUGUCUCCAGAAGGUGGCUCACUUAGUUUAGAUCUAAACAAGGAGACAAACAUCAGCAUGACAAAUACAGACACUCAACUGGAAGAUGAUUUCUAUGGCAGUGACUGCAGCGAGGAGGGUAACCACAGUGUCCAGGGUUCUCCUGGCCUGACAUCUAGUUCUUCAGGGUUAAUUCAGUUAACAGUUGAGAGCACGCUGGGGAAAGCUGCAAGGUGGACCAAAAAAGAAUAUCUAAACAGUGCACGCACAGAAACAGGAGCACCAGGAAACCAGAAUUCUUUCAUGAAGCAAAUAGAUAGAAAUGGCUUUGAAGCAAAUUUGGUGCCUACACCAGGCCUUUCUCCCCCUGGAAAAAGGAGUGAAUUCUCUCAGAAAACUGCAGAUCCCAUUAUUAAAGCAAAGGACCUACUGGCCUUUCAAGUGCCGGCUUCAAUAAACCAAACCUCCCUGAAGGAAAUAUCAGGGGAGAACUUGAAACCAAUUCCUCGUGUACCUGAAUAUGACUGGAGAAACUAUCAGCCCAGCCAGAUGAGUGAAUCUGAGUUGCAGAUGCUGGCAAGCCUGCGACGGCAGCAGAAUGAAGAACUAGAGGACACAGGGCCUUCCCAUGGCCUGAGUGCAUCCCAGGUUGACAACUGCAAUGUCAGCAUAAGUAGCAGCAGUGAUGAUACAACCACUUGGAACUCUUGCCUGCCACCACCUGUCAACCAGGGCCGUCAUUAUCAGAAAGAAAUGAAUCCACCUUCUCCUUCUAACCCCAGGGACUGGUUAAAUAUGCUGAGCCCACCAAUUGUUCCUCCCAGUCAACAGCCAGCAGAGCAGCAUCCAGAUUCUUCUGGAAGUUUGAGUGCUCAAGGUGAAGAAGACCCAAGUGUGGAAGAGGAUGAGGAAGUGCUGACUCUGCUGUAUGACCCAUGUCUGAACUGUUACUUUGACCCCCAGACUGGGAAAUACUAUGAGUUGGUGUAAUCUCUCCUUCCAGGGCAAAACAAGGGCUACCCCAACGUGGAGCUGUGUCUGUUGGGCAGUCCCAAGAAAGCAAAAUUAACAGGAAUGGAUUUAU